UUUUUGGUAAUUUUAAUAAUCGCAGUUACCACCCUGUGGCUAUUUUUAAAACGCCACUACUCCCAAUGGAAACGUUUGGGAUUUGAAUCCGCCGAAGCAGUAAUACCCUUUGGUACAUUGAGUAAAGUUUACCGCAAGGAGCUACCCUUUGGAUUAUUGAUGGCCGAUGUCUAUGAAAAAUUCCAAUCGAAAGUUGUUGGGAUUUAUUUAUUCUUCCGUCCAGCGCUCUUGAUACGAGAUGCCGAAUUGGGACGGCAAAUUUUAACUUCCGAUUUUAAUAGCUUUCAUGAUCGUGGUAUUUAUGUGGAUGAGAAAAAUGAUCCAAUGUCAGCAAAUAUCUUUGCCUUGGAGGGUCAAUCAUGGCGUUCGUUGAGAACGAAACUGACACCCUCUUUUUCGUCGGGUAAAUUGAAGGCAAUGUUUGAGACUGUCGAUGAUGUGGCGGAGAAAUUGAGAACGUAUUUGAACGAUCAAUUGGAGGAUGGUAAAACGCAUAUUUUGGAUGUAAAAAGUAUUCUGACCACCUUUGCCAUUGACAUCAUUGGUUCGGUAAUAUUUGGCCUGGAAGUCGAUAGCUUCAGCCAGCCGGACAAUGAAUUUCGGGUGCAGAGCGAUCUGUUGUUUAACAAUGAGAACAAUAGUUUUAUGAAUAGAUUCCGGAAUUUAACCAAUUUUAUAUGUCCACCCAUUGCCAAACUGUUAACCCGCCUUGGUACAAUCGAACCGGUCAUCUAUCGCCUGCGUGACAUUGUCAAAGACACCAUUGAAUUCCGUGAAGAAAAUAAUGUGAUACGCAAAGAUCUACUACAAUUAUUAAUUCAAUUGCGGAAUACUGGUAAAAUAUCCGAUGAUAAUGAUAACCUUUGGAAAAAAGUAGAAUCCGCAGCUACAAAUCUUAAAUCAAUGUCCAUUGAUAUGAUUGCCUCAAAUGCAUUCCUAUUCUAUAUAGCUGGAUCGGAGACCACAGCCUCCAGUACUUCAUUUACAAUUUAUGAAUUGGCCAUGAAUCCUGAAAUUUUGAAAAAGGUUCAAAACGAAGUAGAUGAAUGUUUGAGGAAACACAAUCUCAAGCCGGAGAGCCGGCUGACCUAUGAGGCCAUACAGGAUAUGAAAUAUUUGGAUUUGUGUGUUAAGGAAACCACCCGCAAAUAUCCUGACCUCCCCUUUUUGAAUCGCAAAUGUACCCAGGAUUUUAAAAUACCCGGAUCAAAUUUAACCAUAAAAAAGGAUACAGGAAUUAUUAUAUCCCUUUUGGGUUUACACAGAGAUGCAAAAUAUUUUCCCAAUCCCAUGGAGUAUAGGCCAGAACGUUUUGCCGAAGAAAGCAAGGAUUAUGAUCCAACGGCAUAUAUGCCAUUUGGAGAGGGACCAAGGCAUUGUAUAGCCCAGCGAAUGGAAGUGAUGAAUUCGAAGGUUGCCCUGGCCAAAAUCUUAGCCAAUUUCAAUAUCGAACCGAUGCCUCGUAAAGAAGCUGAAUUUAAAUUUAAUACAGCACCCGUUUUGGUACCGGUAAAUGGUCUGAAUGUGGGUCUCUCAAAGAGAUGGUAA